AGUUCCCUCGGAAUAAAUUAUGAUCCGGAUUUUCAAGAUGGUCGUCAAUCUGUAUUGGCAUGCUAGUUAACGAAAAUACGAUCAUGAUCUUGCCCGAAGUGUUUUACUUUUACGAGUUAUGACAUUUAAGAUUCCCAUUGGUCUAAUCGACCAACCUCUGUUCUUUUUUCUUCCUCUCCUUUCUUUUCUGUCUUUGAAUUUCUUGUUUACCUACCCAAUAUCCUCCCUCCAUGGACUAUAUGGUUUACUCGUUGCCCUUUACGAGCCAGAUCAUACAGAACCAUCUCCACAACCUUUGCAACACUCUGGCCCUUACCGUCCUUUCCCGCCUUCGGGCCUGGAUUGGAACCUUUUACCACGUGGUAUAGGCUUAUUUUGCGCAAAGGAGAGCAACGACCCGCUACUCACCGCGGUAUCUUAAAAGGGGAGCCUCGUGCUCUUCCUCAGUGGAUACAGUGGUCCAUUUUACGGUCUACAAACCUGAUAAGAAAAUAUCUUUUCUUGUCCCCAUGGCACGUGUU